UGUGUGUGGAGGAGCCCGCUCCCCACACUUCGCGAAUCACUUUUCUUUCCGGAGCUGCAGGAGAGGUGGCGGAGGCAACCUGUCCCUUGCCGGCUCACUGUAACUUGGCCAAGAGAGGUCCCGGCUGGCUCUUCAUCUCCGCAGCCGGCAGCCGGCCCGGCCACGAUUGCAAAGUCCUUCCCCGCUGGACAGCAUCACUGGCAGAGUAGCUCGGGGAAGGGGCGAGAGACAAGAGACCUCUGCGGGCGCGGGCGCCGCGGACGAGAAGCUCUUCCACCGGGAAGAAAGUUCUUCUUGUUCCCAGCAGCGCCGAGCGUUCCGAUGCAGCUCCUUGCGCCCUUCCUCCUUUACGCCGCAAUCGGCGCCAGCUUUUGCCACCGACAGGGCUCCUCCGCUGGCACCCAGAGCGGAUCUAUCCGAGCCUUGCGGGCCUCGAACCUGCGGAGAGAUGAGAGCAAUCACCUCACAGCCCUGUACCGCAAAGAAGAGACCAUCAAUGUCUGGCAGAAUGGCUACAUCCACAGCCCUCGCUUCCCACACAGCUACCCCAGGAACCUCUUACUGACAUGGAGGCUGCUUUCGCCAGAGAAUGCAAGGAUACAGUUGGUGUUUGAUCAUCAGUUUGGAUUGGAGGAAGCAGAAAAUGAGAUAUGCAGAUAUGACUUUGUGGAAGUGGAAGAUAUAUCUGAAAUCAGCACGCUUAUCCGAGGACGAUGGUGUGGAAACAAGGAAAUUCCUCCGAGGGUAACAUCAAAAACAAAUCAGCUGAAGAUAACCUUCAAAUCGGAUGAUUACUUAGUGGCUAAACCCGGCUUCAAGAUUUAUUACUCCCUAGUGGAUGUUCUCCAGCCUGCUGCAUCUGAAACCAACUGGGAAUCAGUCACAAGCCCUGUUUUGGGCGUUUCCUAUCACUCUUCAUCAGUGACUGACCCUACUCUUACUGCGGAAGCUCUGGAUCAAGCCAUCGCCAAAUUCAAUACUGUUGAGGAACUGCUUAAACAUUUUAAUCCAGAAACAUGGAAAGAAGAUCUUGAGAAUCUGUACACAGAGAAUGCCCCAGCUCGAGGCAGAAGCUUCUACGAAAGGAAAUCAAAAGUUGAUUUGGACAGGUUGAACGAUGAUGUGAAACGUUAUAGUUGCACUCCAAGGAACUAUUCGGUCAACCUAAGGGAAGAGCUGCGGCAAACCAAUGUUGUUUUCUUCCCACGCUGCCUUCUCGUCCAGCGCUGCGGAGGUAACUGUGGCUGCGGCUCCGUAAACUGGAAAUCCUGCACAUGUACAGCAGGAAAAUUGGUGAAAAAAUAUCACGAGGUGCUAAGAUUCAUCCCUGAAGCAGGUCAUGUCAGGAGGAGGGGCAGAACAAAGAACAACAUGGCACUGAUUGACAUUCAGCUGGAACACCAUGAGCGUUGCGACUGUAUCUGCAGUGCGAGGCCGCCCCGAUAAGAACAGUCUCAGCUGUCCUAAUUUCAUCUUUAAGGACAUCUUUCUCCUGGAGGAAGAGCAGUCCCCAUGGAGUAUCUCGGUGGCCAUGAAACUUUGCUAACAGCCUGAAUUGUAACUGGUAGAGAAAUCCACAUCCAACAGAAAGUACUACUAAGUGCCAGUAUAUUUCAGCAUUGAUAAGGCAGAUUCAUGUAUCUGAAUGCAAAUCUGGGAUUAAGCAUUAGAGAACAGGAGAACCCAAAGGCUGAAAUGUUCAGUGUGUGCAGUGAGAUCUAACUACAUGGCUGAAUUUCCUAGUUGGCUUUUAAGAACUUUCUUGCAUAAAGUACACGUGGGUAUGCAUGCAUGUAUUCGCAUACCCUUGCACAUACAAUCCUAUUAACUUAAGCACACUUACAAUGUAAAUAAUGAAAAACGCAUGUAUAUUUUCAAAGCAGCUCGUUCCUAUGCAAGAUCCCCACUCAACCAUCUGUGCUCCAUGUGAAGAAGCAGGUUUGUACAUGUUGCCCCAGUGUACAAAUGGGGAGUGAGUGUCUACAUCCAGCAGUGUUGGAAUGCAUACACAGAGGCAUGCGUUGCAACUUAUGGUUCACAACAGGCGAGCUUGCACAUUAAGCAGUCUGGAUCCAAGGAGAUGCAAUCUUCUGCCCACUCAUACAAUAUUACAGAUUAGAACCAAACGCUCCUCCAAAGAUCUCAUUCUCAUUCCUUCAGGUUACAGGUUCAAAUACAUCACAAGGGAGAGCAUCAAGCUGUCAGCAAAUAUUCUUGCUGGAUCAACUUUUAUUGAUGUGUCAGGUUGUGGCCAGUGCUGUCAAGCAUCUUAGGAUGCUUCAAAUGCAGGUGUGGUCACCUUCUGUGUCCUCAGGAGCCACACUGUUAUCCACAUAGGAGUCUAAUCACCAUUAUGUUUCCUAGGUUAGAAUUAGGGAUAGCGAAUAAAUUAAUUAAGCUUGGACUGGAAUGUAAACUCACCAAAUCUGGGUUUUGGUUUUUUUUGAACCUGAAUGUGAACCAAAACUUCAGUUUUCCAAUUAGAAAUACAAACAAAAAUGGGGAAAUAACUUUCAGAUAUUCAUUUUGUUUGGAAAAUUACUUGCAGAAAUGUACAUAAUAGGCAAAUGCAUACAAAAUACAUAUAUUAGAAAUGUGCACAAAAUGCUUAUGAAUAGUCAAACUUUUAAACGUUUUUUGUUUAACUUGAGGCAACCAAAAUUCAAGAUGAAUCAAACUUUAGUUUGGAAAAAUGAGAGAAACCCAAUUUAACAGAUUCAUCCAACCUAUAUUGGAAUUUCAGAAGAACUUUACUGGACUCUUCAGCUUUCUCCACCUGGUUCUGGAAGAUAUUACUGUCCCCCCACCCUGAAGUUACAAAUAUCUCAAGGCUUAGGCUUAUACUAAGGUCUUGAGGACAGUACUUUGUAGAAAGACAGUAACUGUAUACAAGUACGCUGACUUAUUCAGAGUACACUUUCACAGGGUACAUUCAGGGUGCAGCUUUCACAAUAUGGAACAAGCUCUCCAUUUAUGGAUUCCAUAGAGAUGGCUGGGGAGUGAGCAGGGACCUCUGAAUACCCAAUAAUGCAUUUAAGCACAAAGGAGCCAUCUAUCCAAAUACAUUCCUGUAUUUCAAGUAGAACCCAUCUGAUUGCAUAGCAACUGCAAAGAACUCCAGAACCCAAAAUUGGACAGCUGGAAUUUUUACCCCCUGUCCCUCAUCUGUACAUGUGUUUAAACUAGACCACCUUAAGAUGGUUCUUAAGAAUAAUACACAGCAUUUGUAUUGCACUUUCAAGGGUUCUGAGAACUUCACUUACGUUAUCUAGUCAAAGUGCUGAGAACAAUUGUAUAAGGUAAACUGGUGUAAUUAGUUCCCCAACCUCCCAUGUUGCAGAUGAGGAACUGGAAGUGAGAUAAAUUGGCUUGCCUAAUGCCACCUCAUGAAUGCAACAAAGGAGCAAGGACUUGCGUACCUCCACUCUUCUUGUAUAUGUAUCUAAGCAACAGCAGAGUUCUAGUUUUUAGAGGCACAUUUAAGGACCAGUAUUCUUUUAACUACAUAUGGGACAGGAAUGCCAUACUUUUGUCAUUAUAUACAGUCAUGUUAGUUAACUGUCUUUAGUAGCUUCUAUGACUAAGUUUAAACUCUUAGCAUUUUUAAGGAAGAACUUUGGGAUGAUAUUUUAAUGAGGCAUAUUAAUGCCUUGAGCAUUUUCCGAUUCAUGCCAAACAAUGCUGAAUGUAUAUUAUUUUCAUUGAAUAUAAAUAUUCAUUUAUUACCUGCAUAAUGGUAAAAUAAAAUCCUUUAAUGCUACAGCACAUAGUCAGCUUCCUGUGCUGUUGAACAUGUUAUGAUAAAGUUAUUUGAUAAACAUUAAGGAAGAAGAGCUUUUCCAAUGGGAUUUUUUAUAUAUACUUUUCCCUAAAAGCUAUCCACACAAAAUAUAAGUCAGUUUAUGGUCAAAAGGGAAAUGAACUUUUGCCUGUAGAUGCAGUAGAAAAAAUUGGGUGGAAGGUUUCACAGAUACCUUUUAUGUUUUGCUUUCGGUUUCCUGUCUUAAAGGAAGAAAGAAAUCGUUUAUAAUAGUGUUUCAUGCAUUAAACUGAGAUUGGCCUGUUAUCAGGUAAUACUGUGAACUUUUAAACCACUCCUGUUCUGCUGAUUAUAUCAAUAGAGUUCUAAAAUUAUCUCCAUCCUCUAGAUUGGUUUGUUUUAUCAAGUUGAACGUCUUAUCUCCUUGUUUUUAUAUCUCUAUCAAACCCUUCCUGAAUAAAGUUUAAAUGCUGAAUCA